AUGUCACAAGAUAUUAAAUUCACCGAAUUCCUCAGCAACACCAAAGCUAAUGCUAACAAACAAGCUAUUGGCAAAUUAUUCAACUGUUAUCAACAAUAUGUUAUGAAAAAACCAUUCAGUUUAUUAAUUCACACUAUGGCCGGUCUCACUUUAUUCUCAUUCAUCGUUCGUCACGAUAAAAUCAACCACCACAAAACCCAACCACACCAUUAAUUUUAUUUUAUUUAUAUAUAAUAUAAUACAGCUAUAUUUUUAAAAUG